CCAAAGUGCAGGUGGAAAAGAAGCUAAUUGUGAAGUUCCAUCCUGGAUAUAGUACGGGUACGGUUGGUAUCAGAGGUGACACGGCGAUGUCAAGCGGUAGACACCAUUAUUGGGAAAUAAAAAUGAUCACACCGGUUUAUGGGACAGAUGUGAUGGUGGGAUUUGGCACAAAAAAUGUAAAUUUAAGCGAAGGUACAUUUUGUUCGCCGUUAGGAAGUAAUAAUGAAUCGUGGGGUUAUUCGUAUAGGGGUUAUAUACAACACAAUGGGCAAUAUGAGAGUUACCUUGAACAUUUCAAGCAAGGAUGUUUGGUAGGAGUUUAUUUAGAUACGUGGAGAGGAAAACUUCAAUUUUUUAUGAAUCGAGCUCCAGUUGGUUCUGCUUAUACUGUAUUAAACGAAUUAGAAUUAUAUCCCAUGGCUUGUUCCUCAUCCGCUAAAAUCAUAAUGAAAAUUACGUACAGUUCUUCGUUGCCAGUAUCAUUACAAACGGACUGUAUACCAAUGUUAACACCUUUCCAACGCAUUUAUCUACCGCUCUGUUUCUCGGGACAACAUUUUCUAGAUGUUUUUGCUGACAUUCUAAAGAAGUUAUAUGAUAAAGCUCAUAAUGUCCAUAUUUAUGUAGAAAGUGAGAUUGAAUUAAGCGACGAGAGUAGUAGUGAUUAGAUCGCUAGAAUAUAUCGUUAGAAAUAUAUUUUUAUUUUUUAUUAAAUAUGUACAAUGAGUAAGUAUUUGCAUUUUAA